GACUGCUUACAAGACUCUUUUAGGAACCACACCUUUCAACCUUGUGUAUGGGAAGGCUUGUCAUCUACCGGUUGAACUUGAGUACAAAGCAUUGUGGGCUGUUAAGUUGCUGAACUUUGACAACAAGAGUGCCAAGGAGAAGAGACUUCUCCAACUCAAUGAACUGGAGGAGAUCCGACUUGAUGCUUUUGAGAACUCAAGGAUUUACAAGGAGAAAACCAAAGCUUUUCAUGACAAGAAUAUCUUGAAGAGAGAAUUCAGUGCUGGAGAUCAAGUGCUUCUCUACAACUCUAGACUGAAGUUGUUCCCCGGGAAGCUCAAGUCAAGAUGGUCCGGUCCUUUCAAGAUCAAGGAAGUUAGGCCAUAUGGGGCAAUUGUGUUAUGGAACAAGGAUGGUGGAGACUUUACAGUCAAUGGACAGAGGGUUAAGCUCUACAUGGGAGCCACAACAGAGGAUGAGAGAACCUCGGUUCCUCUCUCCGACCCCAUUCCCGCCUAA